AUGGAUAAGAAGAUAGUGCGCAAAGGGCCGCUGCCUGGGGGUCGCCGGGGCGCGUCUGGAGCUGGUGCCUCGCAUCCAUCAUCCCCACCAAAUAGUCGCUGGUCUUCUCGGACUCAGCAAGCGGCACCCGCCGCUGGUGGAGCACGUCGCAUGCGUUGGUCACAAGCAAUGAAUGCAAACGCACUGCGGGCGUACUUUAGGGCAAAAGGGGAAGAAACUGGAUGUUUGGCGUAUCGGGCUAGGAUGCAUCGUCUUUUUGCUGAGUUGGAGCCAUCUUUAACCGUCACAGAGCAAAAACUGGCAGACCGAGUUCGGUAUAUCUUGCGCUCAAAUAUAUUUGAUGUCGCCGAACUCGAACGGCUACGACGUGAGGCUGCUUCCUCGUCGGAUGAAAAUGCUACGGCUGAGUAUGCGGCGCCACAAAUGGUAGAGCAACCCGUAAACGUGGAUGCAGCCGUGAAUACCCCAGUUGUGGUUGAUUCAAACGAUGAUGGAACAUUCGCCCAGGAACUGGAAUUAGAGCAUAUGAGGAGUACAUUGGAAGAGGCGAUUGUGGAAACGCGCAGUACGCCUCUCGAAAAUCGACCGCGACUUCCCCGCAUAGCCCUAAGCAAGCGGAAUCGGGCUGUCGUGAGGGCUCUGAACCCAAUUCUGGUGACCUAUUUAGAAGCCAGCCGGGACCUUUGCGAGACGGACUCAAUACUUUUUGGCGCCGCGCUGGCUGUCUGCCGUAUCAUAGGCGCCAAGGUUUCCACAUCUGGACGCGCUACUGGCCAUAGUAGCGCUAUCCCAGCAUGGAGAAGAAGAAUUGAGGAACGUAUCGCAAAGGCUAGAGCUCUCAUCGGCAGACUGAUAUGCUUCAGAUCAGGCAAUAACAGGCCAAGAAUUAUGCGCACCGUCAGGAUGGCGUUUGCCGGGACAAAUGUCAGUUUGUCCCAGCCGGAUAUAACGCAAAAACUGACGGAGCGCAUAGAUGAUCUGAAGCAGAGUAUCGCUGCUUGGGGAAAGCGGAUUCGGCGAUAUACCGAGAGGUCGACACGGUUCAACCAGAAUCGUCUCUUCCAGAGUGAUCAGAAGAGGCUCUAUGAAUAA